AUGCCUGAAAGUCAAGGGAAAGACAGCGAAAGCCACAUCAGCAGCAGUAGUUCCAGCACUAGCAAUUCGGUUGCUUGCUUCGGACAGUAUCAAUACACAGCAAGUGAAUAUCAAGCUAUCCAGCAUGCUCUUCGUCAGAGACUGGGUCCAGAAUAUAUCAGCAGUCGGCAAGCUGGAGGAGGACAAAAGGUCUGUUACAUUGAGGGUCACAAGGUAAUCAGUCUGGCCAAUGAGAUGUUUGGCUUCAACGGCUGGGCUCAUUCAGUCACUCAGCAGAAUGUUGAUUUUGUUGACCUCAACAACGGCAGGUUCUAUGUGGGGGUCUGUGCAUUUGUGAAAGUUCAGCUUAAGGAUGGGUCAUACCAUGAAGAUGUGGGGUAUGGAGUCAGUGAAGGCCUGAAGUCUAAGGCCUUGUCCCUAGAAAAGGCAAGAAAGGAGGCAGUAACAGAUGGACUGAAGAGGGCACUCAAGUGCUUUGGGAAUGCUCUUGGGAACUGCAUCCUAGACAAAGACUACCUACGAGCCGUGAAUAAGCUUCCACGUCAGAUACCCCCUGAGUUAGAUUUGGUCAAAGCUAAGAGAGAGGACUCUGAGCCUGAAAUAGAGAAAGCAAGAUACAAUAGCUGUUUGGAAAGGCAGAAUGCAAGAGGGAGGCAACAUUGUGAGAUGGCAUCUACUUGUAAGCCUGGUCAGACAGAGGCUGCUGUAGCAGUGGCAGAUAACAAACAGGCAAAUAGUUCCAGAAAUACCGACUCCUUAGCUAUCGAGUGUGAUGCCACUUACCAGCGGAAAUUGCGACAAAAGCAGCUACAGCAACAGUUCCGGGAACAGAUGGAGAAAAAGCAUCAGGUUCUAGUAGUUGCUCCUAGCAGCAAACAGGCAACAUCCGAUCCUCCGGUAAAGCACAGCACUCCAGCAGCAGUACAACAGGAACUAGCAAUAGAAGAGGAGUUCUUCGCAGAUGAUCCUGAACUUUGGGACAUUUCCUUGGAGACCACUGAUCUUAAGAUAAUGGGUCACAAAAUGGCAGACCCAUCAGCUGGACACCAGAUAGCUGAAACACCCCAUGGACAUCAUCAAAUGACUACUCAUAACAGGACACCUCACAGAAUGAAUUACCACAAAGCUUCUGCUAGACUUGCACAGUUGCAGCCAUCUGCUACAAUCACGAGCAACCGCAGCUGUGCCAGCGAGCAUACCCCAGAGUGCAGCCCCCACAGGAGAAGUCAAAGCUUGAAGAAAAGGAGGCUAGAACCUACGUAAGGCACCUGGUGGUAUCAUUACCUGCGUGCUGGAUUACAUCAGAAGACUCCAGUUGGCUGUUCAAAUUACGCGAGGAAGUCUCAUGCAUUAACAGAUUUUCCUGCAUAGUACAGUGAAGCAACACAGAAGAGUUUAAUACAGCCAGCAAGAACUUAAUGUACUUCUAGGUUAUUACAUGUUUCAGAUGCCUUUUUCUGUAAACAAGCAAUCAUUUGUGCUUCUGCAGCACUAGACUUACAGCUGUAUUACAAGCUGACAUUACACGUAAUUUGCCGCAAAUGGUAACAGAAUUGAUCUUUAAAAUGAGAUGCAAUUCAUAGCUUCUUUCUCCCUCAGUGUUGCAUUUCAGCACAGAGAAAAGAGAUUUUCAGUAAAAUGGGGAGAAGAGUGGGUUAUGGUCAGAUGACAAAGCCCACAAGCCGUGGUCGCCUGUUCGGUGAGGCUGAGGG